GAGAUCAUUGUGUGGGAGGCAGGACUGUUGAGAGCAGGUGGAAACCGCACUGUGUCGCUACUGCUGCUCUCUGCCUGCCUCUCACGAAACACUAACCCAUUGGGGAGAGAGCUGAGAGCGCAGAUCCGAGGCAAGGCAACUCCAGCGCUGCAGUCAAGGAAUAUUCAGCGAACAUCAUAACUUAUUAUUUUUUGAAAGCACAGCGUUUAUCAGCCUUGCGGCUGCGGAUAGAAGACACGGACCGGGUGGGAUUAUAAAUUGUCACCUCGUCUGAAUAAAUAAGUUAGGCUAAUGAAAUGGCAUUAGGUUUUUCUGUGUACGCUUGACUAUCAGGAGAAUCGAAACGCCGCUCAGCUCGCGAGGGAGUGCAGGGAUCAUAUUUCCCUACUCUCUGUGAUCGCAUUACUUGCUCGCAGCCGAUACCCUGGAAUGGACUUAUCCAAUAGCUAAUGCCAAGACUGGAUCUAUUUUAAUAACAUUGUUUUUAAAGACACUGCGUUUUUAAAAAAGUUCGCUUCUUCUAACCUUUUUAUAAUUGAAGGGUUGUCCCAAAACUCCGCGGCAAUGGGGGAGCAGCCAAUCUUCACCACCAGGGCCCAUGUGUUCCAGAUUGACCCGACCACCAAGAAGAACUGGGUCCCAGCCAGCAAACAGGCAGUCACCGUUUCCUACUUCUACGACUCCACACGCAACAGCUACCGCAUCAUCAGUGUAGAUGGAUCCAAGGUGAUAAUCAACAGCACCAUCACCCCAAACAUGACCUUCACCAAGACCUCCCAGAAGUUUGGCCAAUGGGCUGACAGCAGAGCCAACACAGUGUUCGGACUGGGGUUCGCCUCCGAGCAGCAGCUGGCCAAGUUUGCUGAGAAGUUCCAGGAAGUGAAGGAAGCAGCGAAGCUGGCCAGGGACAAGUCACAGGAGAAGAUGGAGACAUCGAGUAACAAUUCCCAGGAGUCGGGUCGUGAGACCCCGUCCACCCAGGCCUCCAGCAUCAACGGGACGGAUGAUGAGAAGAUCUCCCACGGAGGACCGGAGACCGCAGCGCUGAUGAGCGAGAACGACAAACUCAAGACCACUGUGGAACAGAG